AUGCAUGUUUGUUCAGAAUGUCCUGAGGACCAACAUCCAAGCAACGAGAGGGAUUCAUGUCUUGCCAAGAAAAUAUCUUUCUUAUCCUAUGAAGAACCAAUAGGAAUAGGGCUACUUGUUCUGGCACUUAUUUUUUCUUUCUGCACAGUUAGUGUACUGGCAAUAUUUCUGAAGUAUCAUCAUACUCCCAUUGUCAAGGCCAAUAACCGAAAUCUCACCUACAUUCUACUCAUUUCCCUCCUCCUCUGCUUCCUUUGCUCACUGCAGUUUCUCAUUAUACCAGGCAAUAUAAUAUGUCUCCUCCGACAAGUUAGCUUUGGCAUCAUCUUCUCAGUGGCUGUGUCUUCUGUGUUGGCAAAAUCUAUCACUGUGGUUCUGGCUUUCAUGGCCACCAAGCCAGGAUCCAAAGUGAGGAAAUGGGUGGGAAAACGGUUAGCUAUCUCCAUUGUGAUUUCUUGUUCCCUGAUUCAAGCAGGCAUUUGCAUUGUGUGGAUGUUCAUAUUCCCCCCUUUUCCUGACAUUGACACCCAUUCAAAAAUGGAGGAAAUGAUACUGCAGUGCAAAGAAGGCUCAGGUAUUAUGUUCUACUGUGUCCUGGGCUACAUGGGUUUCCUGGCAGCUGCCAGUUUCACAGUAGCUUUUUUCUCCAGGAAGCUCCCCAGCAGUUUCAAUGAGGCCAAAUGUCUCACAUUCAGUAUGCUGAUCUUCUGCAGUGUGUGGCUCUCCUUUAUUCCUUCCUACCUGAGCACCAAAGGCAAAUACAUGGUGGCUGUGGAGGUUUUCUCCAUUUUGGCCUCAAGUAUUGGGUUGCUAGGCUGUAUAUAUUUCCCCAAAUGUUACAUAAUUAUUGUUAGGCCAGAGCUAAACAAAAGGGAGCAACUUAUUAAGCGAAAAAGAUAG